AUGGAUAGACGGUAGAGUUUGCAUUAAAGGGUGGGGAGGAUUUUGCAGAAGGAACAAUGUAAAUGCAAGUGCUGAUACUUUCAUAUGUGAACUGAAGAUGAAUAUCAAUGAUGGCUGCAGCAUCAGCAAUAAUGUCUACUUCUACAAUGAUGGGAAAUGCUACUGUUUGCACCACAAGGAGGAGGAAGAGAAGUGUUCACUACGUUGCAGGGUUGAAUUCUUUUGGAGGAUUGAAGGUGCAGAACAAUGUCACCUCAUUAGGCCAUUCAUUGUGCACUGAACAAUCCUUUGCAAAGGUUGUGAGCUCAUUGAAGGGAAAAUCCAAAGGUGGUGGUGGUGGAGGAGGAGGAGCUGCAUCUUCAACAUGCAAUGCUGCAGGUGAGAUUUUCCAGAUUGCAGCCAUCAUGAAUGGACUUGUUCUUGUUGGUGUUGCUGUUGGAUUCGUUCUUCUUCGAAUCGAAGCAUCUCUGGAAGUGGCUGCUGAGUGAGAAUAAGCUCAUGAAACAGUUUCAAUUUGAUUCAUAUAUUUAUUAUCUUCAAAGAGAUUGAAUCUUUCUUUCUGCUAGUCUUGAUGUGAAGUAGAACAUUAAAAAGAAAAAUCCGGUAUCUGAAUCCUAUUAUAUGAAUUUUAAUUGGUACAAAACAA